CCUAUAUCUACUCUUGAAAAGCAGAAUCUGAGCGGUUACGCAUGCGUGUCAUAGAAAAACAUUCUUGCUUCACGUGAUCGGAUUCUGCGAACAGGUCGGCCUCGGGUUACGGCUGGGGCUGCUUCCGGUUGCGGCUGUCAGGAGGACUCCCCUCUCCUCCCCCGCCCCCUUCCUCCUCGCUGGCUGAAGCGAUGGCGAGCGGCGGCAAUAGCAGCGGAGGCUGGGAUGUCCCGGUGACAGAGGAAAGAGAGGCGAUGCUGGUGACCGGGCCCGGUGGCUGCGCAGCAGAAGGCGAGGAAGAGGAAGAGGAGGAGCAGGAGGUGUUGGCUCUGGCCGUCCACCUGAGGCGGCGCCUGAGAGGAUGGGAAGUCACCGUGGCUGCCGUGCAGCGGCUACUGGUCUGGGAGAGGCCGCCGCAGAGCCUGGCCGGGGCCGCCGCGCUCGGAGCUGCUCUGUGGUUGUUUUCCUCCACUUCGCUGCGUCCUUUGUUCCUCCUCAGCAUGGGCCUUAUUGGUGUUCUUCUUUUGGAGAGAUGGAAGCCUCAAUUCCUAUUGGAUUUCUCAGCACAGCCACUGGAAGAAUCAGGAGGAGACAGUGACAGUGAGAUGGCAGGAGCACAGCCUCAUUUGCUCAGUGUCCCAGAGCUCUGUCGUUGCCUUGCUGAGAGCUGGAUUACCUUCAGACUGUACCUCCAGGAGCUGCUACAAUACAAGAGGCAAAAUCCUGCCAAGUUUUGUGCCAGGGUCUGCUCAGGAUGCUUGAUCCUAGCGAUAGUAGGACACUACGUUCCUGGAAUCAUGAUCUCCUACAUUGUCUUACUCAGUAUUUUGCUGUGGCCCCUGGUAGUGUACCAUGAGCUUAUCCAAAGGAUGUACACCCGUUUGGAACCUAUUCUGAUGAAGCUGGACUACAGCAUGAAGGUGGAGACCUUGCAUCUUAAACAUGAAAAGAAAAAGCGUCAAGGAAAGAGCGAGCCAGAAGCUGGCAAUGAGCCAAUGGCAGAGACGGAAAGUGAGAGUGAGGCGGAACUGUCUGGGUAUUCUCCAGUGGUGGAUGUGAAGAAGACUGCUCUGGCAUUGGCAAUUACAGACUCUGAGCUCUCCGAUGAGGAGGCCUCUAUCCUGGAGAGUGGAGGCUUCACUGUCUCCAGAGCUACCACACCACAGCUGACUGACGUGUCUGAAGAUCUGGACCAGCAGAGUUUGCCCAGUGAGCCAGAAGAGUCCUUCUCCAAGGACUUGGCAGAGUUUCCCUCCGUGGAAGAGUUUCAUUCCAGAGACUUGGAACCACCCAGUGAGGAUGACAACUUUGCAGUGCCUACCCACACUGCCCAGCUGGACUCUGCUGAGGAAGAUGUGGCGGCAGCCAUCAGUUCGGACACAUCCAUCUUGUGCCUGGCCUCGCCCCUGCACUUUGUAAAUACGCACUUCAAUGGGAAUGGGCAGGCAGUGGCAGGAGGAGCUUCUGAGCCCCAGCCUGCCUCUGCGCAAGGCCUGGGGCUGCACAUCGAUUCGCUGAGCCAAGAGAUUGUCACCACUGCUAUCAGUACAGUAGUGCAGAACACCCUGUCAGCGCUGCUCCGCUCCUCUGAGGAAAACGAGGGGCCUUCUCUCUCUGAGUUCCUACCCACUGAACCUGAGGAGAGACAGAGCUUCCAGGCACAGCUGUCUGAGAGUGAGGAGGUGGAGGCGGCCUCUCUGACUGGGGAGGAGGAGGAAGCUGACGAUUUUGAGCUGCUUGAUCAGCGAGAGCUGGAGCAGAUGGAUGCAGAGCUUGGCCUUUCUGGAGAAACAGAGGCUCCACCCACAUCUGCUCUCGCCCCUGAAGAAGAAUCCUCACCCAGUUCCUAGGUCCCAUUGUCCUCCUGCAUUUCUGUAGCUGCAAGGAAGGGCAAACUGACACACAGCAGAGUUUGAUCUGUGCUGACCAGGGAUGGCAAAACAUCCACAUUCACAGUGUUAUGUCUGGAAUAGUGAGUGCUCCUCCUAGUGUUGGCCUUCCCGUUGGGGUGUUGCGUCCAGCCCAUGCUUCCCAGUGAUGAUGCAGUCUUUCUGGUCUGCUGCUGCAAUUUGUCUGUCUCUUUGUUUUGUUUUUUUUGCACGCUGCAUUCUCAGCUAGAUAUACCCACUGCUCGCAUCUGCUGUUUGUCCCCGCACACCCAGUAGGAAGUAAAGCAGUUUUAUUGGACCGGGUGGGGGCAAGAGGGUGUAAGUUGUAAAUAUCUUUAUGAAAACAUUAGUUGGUUUAGUUGAACAGGGAGGAGGAGCUGGUGAUAUGGAGAAAGCAGGUUGGGAGGAUUUUUUCCCCCUGGAGUUAAAGAUUUGGAUGUGGAGGGGCUUCAAAGGUGACACUGUGUAGAUUUGCUGUCAGGAUCAGAUGAGGGGGCAGAGCUGGCAUUUGCUACUCACCUUGCACAAAAACAGCAGCUGCUUCUGCAGCUCCAAGCGCUAACCCUCUCUUAUUUUAACCCCACAACCUGAUUUCCUCUAUGCAGUAAUAUGACACCUGAUUUGGGCUCCAGGAGGUGAGUUGUUUGGUCUGUUUGGUUCUGAACUCCACCCCAGGCUGUCUGCAGCCUCUUUAAUCCACUUGGGAAAACACAAAUGAAUUGGCAGUGACCCGAAAGCUUUGUCUUCCCUUUCUGCUGCUGCACUUUAAAUGCAAAAUACUAUUUCUGCUUGUUGUCUUUUUCUUAAACCUGGCUGAGCCAGCCCUUGCCCUGUGAUGCACCUUGACCAGAGCACAAUCUUUUGCUCUCAGGGAGGAGAGCAGGGCCAUUUGAGAAGGAAUAAAGGGUGCAGGACAUUGGGAAGAACCGUCUCCAACUGGAGGAUGCCCUCUAGGCUUAUCUCUACCCCCCCUCCCAAAUCACUUUUGAAACCGCAAGGGUUUCACUCUUUUUGCUAAUUGGAGUAGUCCACCCAUUUAUGUUCUCAGGAGAAAGAAUGGACUGGAUGAUGGGGGGGGAAUUGUUUUGGUUGGUUGUUCCCUAAAGAUGAUUGCUGACCCUCAUUAAUGCCUGUUGCUGCUUGCACAACUUUAGAGAAUAUGGUUUUAAAAAUCUGAGACCACUUGUGGCUGAGUUUUUCAAAGAUUGAUUUUAAAUUGCAACGGUAGUGGUUUUAUUCAGUGGAAACAGACCCCCCCCCUUAAGUGUGUAUCUUUGUUUGAGGCUAAAAUCUGCCUCUGCCAGCCUUCCCAGCUGAGAUGAUACUGUUUACUCCCUAGAAUAGCUCAUCUUGUUGCCUGUUUUCCAAUGAUUGCAGGAUAUGGGAAUGGGGGCAGUGUUGUGAAUUGGCCAUUCUCUUGCUGUUUAAAGCCUUUAUGAUGGACCCUUCUUGGCGAUUCCUGAACAUUUUCACAUUCUCACAAGAGCAUCUGCAGCUUUACAGAUGCAGACUGUGAACCUGCGAUAGCUUGUCCUUCAGGCCAUGGCAUUUUAACCUGUGCUUCUGAGAGUGUAUGACCAAGGUUAAGCUGCAGCCUCUCAGCAGAAGCCAAAGCAAUGCCAAGCACAUCUGUGAGACCCAGAUUCCUGUCUCCCCCCCCCCCUUCAAGAUACAUCAGUUGCUGAAUGUAUCACUGGCCUCCCUCUUUGUAUCGAGGAUAGCUGCCUGUAUCAGGCUCCUUUCGUGAUGGGGCAAUGAAUUUCUUGAAACACAAAAAAACGUUUUUUUUGUCCAGGGUUGGCUUCCCUUUCUGACUUGUUGCCUACCCCCCUGCUCCCCAAUCAAUUGUUGUGGGGGGAUGGCUGUUAAAACAGCUUCCUCUUCAUGUCUGCACUUUGGAAAUGGGCAGCUGUGUGGCACUGAGUGUGGAGCUUGCUCGCCUUUGUGUUGUGUCUUGAGCACAAAUUUUGCUACCCCUCCCAGUAGCCAGAAGCCCUAACUUUCCCAUUCUGGUGUAGGGGGCAUGUUACAUGUAGUUGUUUUUUCUCUGGAGCUCUAAGCUUUCCCUUGGUGGCAACAGUGCCAUGUUACUCCGUGAUAGCAGCCUUCUAUGGAAGGACUGGGAGGUUGCUGAUGUCACCCAGGAAAGGCAGGGGUCUUUGAUUUGUGUAGCAGUGUUUACUCUAUGGCUAAAUAUUUAAAAACUGUAGUCUUUUUAAUAAAAAAGGUUCAAAUAUGUGAA